AUGUCAAACGUGAUUAGAUGUCGUAGGGCGGUGACGACUGCACAGAGUUCGGAGCCCUCGGCUCAGUCGUCAUCUGUUGCCACUGCGCCAGCACUGAUGGACCACUUGGCAGUUGGUCCCGUGGGGUCCCAGGCACCUGCUUCAUCGGCUUCAUCAGUGGCGCAGCCUGUUAGCACCAGGCAACGUCAUCGGCCCACCAGCACCACCGACACUACAUCGACUGAUGCGUCGGGGUCACAGCCAGGUAUAGAUUUCCUUCAACUUCAUCGUAUCAACAUCGGAUACGACGAGCGACAUCGGGCUGCACCGACGGCGAAGUUGCAUAGCUCCUUGGCCCACGACAUUGGUCACGUCGUGCGGACCCGUUGCCUGAUGCAAUGGAAGUCUUGGAAGGUCAUGCCUGACGAGAUCAAGACGGAAACAAACUACAACUUGGAGAACCUCAACGACGAGUCGUUGACGUACGUCAACAGACUCAACUCUAAGAGGAAGGUUGCCCCGAAGGAGUUUGAGGGGCGGGAGGAUAGUUGGGCGUGGCUCUGCGCUCAUUUUCAAGCGCUCGAUUUUGUGAAUAAAGCCAAAGUCAGUAAGGGCAUAGGAAAAGGAGGCCGGGGACAUAUUGUUGAGGAUGGGGAAUGCCUGGUGGAGGGAACCUAG